CUUUCCCACUCAAAAAAAAAACCUAACCCAGCAAAGCUCCACAGCUCCUCUUCGCCGGCGAGCCAUUCUCAGAAAUCUUGAAAUAGGAAUUGGAUGGCCUAUAUCCAGUAUGGAAGAAAUGCCCUCAGGCAAAUUAUCAAUGACGCAAAUAUUCAUAACCGUGAUUGUUUGAUGCAUCCUCUCUUGUAUGCUUGUCAAGGAAUUAGAUACAGAAAGUUGGAAGUCAUUCUUACAACGAGUAUUGAGAAGCUUGGCAAAGCUGGUGAAACUGUCAAAGUCGCUCCUGGUUAUUUUCGCAACCACUUGAUGCCGAAGUUGCUUGCGGUCCCUAAUAUUGAUAAGUUUGCUUAUCUCAUUAGGGAGCAGCGUAAGAUUUAUCAACCUGAGGAAGAGAAGGUUCAAGUAGUUACAAAGAAUGUGGAAGAUAAGACAAAAGAAUAUGAAAAGGCAGCAAAUCGUCUCAUUAAUGCACAGCUGGUAUUGAGGAGAUUCAUCAAUGUUGAAAAGUUUCGUGCUCGUGCUACCAAAGAUGACCCAAUUGAAUUGCGCUCACCUGUGACAAAAGAUGAACUUAUUGCUGAGGUUGCAAGGCAGCUUUGUGUGCAAAUUGAACCUGAAAACCUGUACCUACCAACACCUUUGUCAACAUUUGGAGAGUUUGAGGUGCCAUUGCGUUUACCAAAAUCCAUACCUCUCCCGGAAGGAAAGGUUCAUUGGACUCUUCAAGUUAAGAUCCGAGGUAAAUAAACAGAGAUAUUGGAGCUCUCGAUAACACCAUGCAAGUAAAGGGCUUUCAAACGUUAGUGCUGGCUCAGAGAUGUGCCUUGAUCUUAAUAUUAUUGCGGAGGAAUCAUAUCUUUUUGAAUUAGCUAAUUGAGAUGAUGGGAAUCAAAUUUCCAGAGACUAUUGAUCUUCGUUGUUCGAUGAUGUGAUUUACUAUCACAUGGAACUGUUGUUUGACAAAACAAUUUUUCUUUUUUUUUUUUUGGAAGUAAAUUUAUUUCGUUAGCUCAAA